CGUGUCAGCAGUUGGCUGACCUCACUCUGUUGCUCUGCGCCGUAUUGGGACGGUCAUCGUGUGGAGCGACCGGCGACAAGCAAUCCACUCUUCUUCGACCUCAUCUCCCGCCUCUUUCUCCCCUUCUUCGCGACAUCGUUUGCUCGUCAAACGGACAUCCAGGAAGGGCUUCAUUCCCACAAUCAUUUCAUGUUUUCAUAGUCAUUCAUUCAUUCUUUCUGUCACUCAUUACAUACCAUGUUGUUCCGCCUUUUGCCGGCGGCCGCUUUGUUUGUGGCCGCCGUUUUCGCCCAGCCAGGGGCGUAUGAAGAACCGCCGUGCGAGGGCGAAGCCACCAAAACUACAUCGUCCAAGGUAAAGACGACUUCUACCGCCACCUCUGCGACCGAAUAUCAACAACAUUCCACAAAUUUGACUCCGACUUGGCCAUACCACCCGCACUCUCCUCGUCCAUCGGUCUACACUACUGUAUCGUCGAAAGACCACAGCUCCGGCCACGUCGUCCCGACGAUCAGCAAAUCUCAAUCCAGCGAUGGAGUGACCACCAGCACCAAGACCUCGAGCACGAAAUCGGCCAACACCAAAACGACCAGCACCGCCAAAACGACUCUCGUAUCGAAGUCUUCCGUUUCGAAAUCAUCCGUGAUCAAAACCACCACCAUUAGCGGCUCUCACUCUUCCGGCAAAGUCACCACCACCAAGAAGAGCUCCACCGCUCGCUCUACUUCCAAGGCCAGCCGCGUCUCGAGCAGCAAAGUUUCUACUCGCAAAUCCUCGAUUAGCAGUACCAAAACCUCGGCAAGCAGCACGAAGACCAAAUCCACUUCGUCGACAACUAGCGCCGCAGCCACACCGACCAACACCUGCGCUUACUGGCUUGACGAUGUAAAGCAUCAGGGUGUCGCCGCUUUCAAUGCUGAUCCCACCAACUACCAGGUGUACCGCAAUGUCAAGGAUUUCGGCGCAAAGGGCGACGGGAUCACGGACGAUGCUCCAGCGAUCAACCGUGCCAUUUCAUCUGGCAAUCGUUGUGCUCCUGGCUCUUGCCAAUCGACCACUGUGACUCCGGCAGUCAUCUACUUCCCACCUGGUGUCUACAUGAUCAAUUCAACCAUCACGGAUUACUACUACACUCAGUUGAUUGGCAACCCCAAUUGCCUGCCCACCAUUCGCGCAUUUUCCACCUUUACAGAUGCGAUUGGCGGUGUCGGCCUGAUUGAUGGUGUUCCGUACGGACCUAAGGGACUUACCACUGGUGCUACCAAUGUGUUCUGGCGUCAGAUUCGCAACUUCAUCAUCGACACCACCUUAAUCUCUGCCACUACCAAAGCGAUCGGUAUCCAUUGGCCAACCGGGCAGGCCACCAGCAUUCAGAACGUGGUCAUCAACAUGAACAGCCAAAAAGACACUCUCCACCAGGGCAUCUUCAUCGAAGAGGGUAGCGGUGGAUUCAUCGGCGACAUUGUCUUCAAUGGCGGCAAUUACGGUGGAUUCUGGGGUAACCAGCAAUUCACCAUGAGAAACAUCACCGCCCGCAACGUCAAGACUGCCAUCUACCAAAUCUGGGAUUGGGGCUGGACUUAUCAGAACCUUAACAUCAUCAACUGUACGAUCGGUCUGGACGUAUCCAACGGUGGACCCAACGCUCAAACAGUCGGUUCGGUCACUGUGAUUGAUUCCAAAUUCACCGAUGUCGAGAUUGCCGUCAAGUCCAGCCACAACGAAAACUCCAAACCCAUCGCUGGUGGCAGUAUUGUCAUUGAGAAUAUCCAGCUCACCAGAGUAGGCGUUGCUGUCCAAGGACCAGACCAGAGAGUCGCUCUUGCUGCUUCACCUCAGAUUACCGGUUGGUCAGCAAGUCGCAGCCUAAAACUAUCGAAGUUUGACCCGGAUCCGCGCAAUAUCGAGGGCGCGUACCGUCCUCUGGCACGCCCUGCCGGUCUGAUCACCACCAACGGACAAUACUAUACUCGAACCAAGCCUCAGUAUGCAAACGUCCCAGCGUCAGGCUUCCUCAGUGCUCGUGACGUUGGAGCCCUCGGUGACGGCAAGACAGAUGACACUGUCGCUCUGCAGGCUGCCAUCAUCCUCGCUCUGGCUCAGAACAAGAUCCUCUUCAUCGAUCACGGAGAUUAUCUCGUCAAGAGCACCAUCUUCAUCCCUGCUGGAGCAAGGAUUGUGGGUGAGGCUUAUUCAGUCAUCCUAUCUACGGGAGCUUUCUUCAACGACAUCGACAACCCUCAACCUGUCGUACAGAUUGGUGCCCCUGGAGAGGUCGGAAGCAUCGAGUGGUCCGAUACCAUCGUCAGCACUCAAGGUCAACAGCGAGGUGCCGUCCUCAUCCAAUACAACCUGGCCUCGCCCACAUCCCAACCCAGCGGUCUCUGGGAUGUCCACACUCGUAUUGGUGGCUUUGCCGGCUCCGAACUACUUCUCAAGGACUGCCCCACCACUCCCAAAAUCGAAGUCACCGCCUCCAACUUGAACGAAAACUGUAUCGCCGCCUACAUGUCCUUCCACAUCACUCCCUCCGGAUCUGGUCUCUACCUCGAGAACGUCUGGCUAUGGGUCGCCGACCACGACAUCGAAGACGCCGCCCUAACCCGCAUCACCGUCUACGCCGGCCGGGGUUUCCUGGACCAAAGCACCAACGGCGAUAUCUGGCUGAUCGGCACCUCCGUCGAACACCACGUCAAGUACGAAUACCAAUUCGCCAACACCCGCAACGUCUACAUGGGCCAAAUCCAGACCGAAACCGCCUACUACCAACCCAACCCGAACGCGCAAAUCCCCUUCCCGGCCGUCGCCUCCCUCGCGGACCCGAUCUUCCCCCGCGAGACCAUCACCACGCCCAACGGCACCGUCAUCCCCGCCGCCGACGGCUGGGGUCUCCGCAUCUACCAAUCCCAGUCCAUCGCCGCCUAUGGCGCGGGCUUGUACAGUUUCUUUAACAACUAUUCCACCUCGUGCUCGGACAUCGGCAGUUUCGCGACGUGCCAGAAUCGGAUCUUCUCCAUCGAGCAGAGUGAGCAGAUUUCGUUUUAUAACCUCAAUACCGUCGGGACGCACUUCAUGGUCAGCUUGGGAGGGGUCGAUUACCCGCGGUUCUCGGAUCUGGAUAAUGGGUUUAUUUCGACUUUGACUGUUGGACAGGUUCAGUAGGGAUCGAUGUUCUUCUCUUGUUUGCGAUGGUCACAAUCGAACAAGGAGAGAUGACGUGAUGGAGGACGGCAACCUGGGAAGUUUGGAAACCCUUCAUUGUUUUGUUUUUCCAUCUUUUUGGAACAUUGUCAAAUAUUGAUUUUCGACUUCCUACCCAUUUUCUAUCUCGAACAUCUUGGUCGGACAAGCCUCCACCUGAACACGUCAAGGAAAUUGAGCACUAGUCCUCCAUUAUCAUCUGCACAGACGUGUUUCUAUCGUGGCGUGCAAGGUACAUCACACUCCAGUACGCUCGGUCCCAACGAUGCCGCCGGGAGAGGCGCUGGCUCGGAAACGGCGCGCUUUCGGGACGAGCUUUGGAGCCGCCGGGGCUUGCCGGCCGAAUGAUUAUUGACGUCAAUUUGAACAAGAACGUUGCAUGUAGAUAAGAAC